AUGAACUAAACUUAGUUUAAUGCACAUAAUUACUUACUCACUGGUACAAAUAUUCAAAGACAUAACACCAUUGAAAGGUCUGUUAUAUAAAUGGAAUGCAAACUUUAUGAAUUUUAUGAAAAGUUUGUUAAAGUUAUGGGAUAUUUUGCAAAAUUAAAAAACAAAUAUGCUAAAUAAUAAGGUUAGGAAAUAAGUGAUAAACUUAAAGAAUAAUAUAAUGAAUUAAGAUUAAUAGGAUCGAAAUCUCUUUUAAAUUUACUUAAGCAUUUAUAUCACUUUAAUUUUUCUAAAGAAAUAGCAGAGUUUGUAGUUCAUAAGAUAUGUUCAAUUGAUUUGAAAGUACAGGAGCCAGCCAAAUCUACAAUAAAAAAAAUACUUUCAGAUCCAACUCAUUCUUUAUAUGAGAUAAAAGUUGUUUUAUUAAAAGAAAUGGGGAAAAUGCUUAAUUAGACAUCAGAAAAGGAUCUUCCUGAUGAUUUUAUUGAAAUUAUAAAUAAUGUUUCAAUAGAUUCUAAAUACUUAAAAAAAGAUUUAGACGAAGAAAAAAAGAAAAAAAUAUAAGAUGCCUUCUCCAACAAAAUUUUUUUCUUCUUUAAUGGAUGGAAUAGUUAAAAACAUUCGAAAAUUAAUAGAAUGCUUGAUGAUGAAAAUGAUGGAUUCGGAUUAAAUAGAUAUAAUGAAAAAAUUGAAGAUCCUUAAACUACUAAUGCUAUCAAUACUUCUAUUAAUGAAGAUAUAUCUAAAAUAUCUAAUUAAACGAAAUCAAAUGAAAUAAAGAAUAUAGUCAAUAAAAUAUUAAAAUAAGAGCCUUUACAUCCUUCAUUAUCAAGUUUAUCAGUAGUUUAAUUUUACCAAAAAUAUUAAAAUUUAUGA